UUGUUUCAUUUUGGCGGCGGUUUUCGUCUUCAUGUAGACGCUCAUUUUGCAUUUCAAAUCAAAAUGUUUCAUUCAGUCAUUCAGAUUCAUUCAACGGAUUGUGUUGUUCCGUCGCAUGAGUGUUCGCAACUUAAUAACCACUCCACAUUCUACUCUACUACUGUCUUCUCUUGCCGGUGUGUCGUAACUCGUAAUAGGUGGUAACUCGAUAGAAAAGGUGGUUGAUUUUUGUUUUUUUUUAUUUUGUAUUGUCGUAGAGACAUUCAAAUAAGAGUUUCGUUUUUAUUUUGUUUUGAAAGAGUGAAAAACUCAUAAAAAGUGAUCGCAUUUUUUAACCUGAAUUGAGAUUAAAAAUAAAAUAAAAAAUUGAAAGUUGAAUAAAUUCAAAAUCAACUGUGGAAUACAAAAACAACUUUAAAAAAAGAAAUACCUACAUAAAAUAAAAAAAGAUAUUUGCAGUAAUUUUUUAUUUCGAGGUUAUCAAUCGCAGUCAAAGUUGGUUCAUAUUUUUUCAAGGUUGAAUACCAUCGUAAGAAACCAGGGCACCCAACUUGGCAAUAACUAUAAACAAAUAUAACAAAAAAAAAAAAAAAAUAGAAGAAAAAAACAACCAGACAUGUCCUUCGUAAAUAUGCCCCCACCACCACCCCCAAAACCAAACAAAAUGAACGGCAAUCGUUCUGUGAACGGCAGCACAAACAGUCUUUGUGAAAUUCAGAACGGUAAUGGUCGUAGUUCUUGUCACACUCCACCACAUACGGACAGAGAACAAGUCGUGAUGACUCCCAAAGGCAAAACAGCAAAUAGUACAGUAAUUUUGAUUGAAAGAAAAUUAGUGGACGAGAUCAAUGACAGAGUUCAUGUGGCUGGAGGAGAUCACACUGGAAUUAUUAUCAAUAAGGACACAGUAAAUGGCCAAAAAAGUGCAACAAUUCGGGCUCAGCUUUCGUUAGAGUUUCGUGUAUUUCUGGUCAGUGCAAAUAGUGGAAAACAUUCCCAGGAAGCCAGAACUUUGAGAUUUUGGUUCCGUGAUUGGCUGAAGGAUGAAGAGAAACAAGCACAUAUUGCUCAAGAUUUCUUCAGAGAAUUGGUCAGUCCAAAAGAAUUUCCAAGAGAUUAUGUGGGUUUUAUCAAGAAGAUUAUGAAGCUACUUCAACGUGGAUACGAUGAAAUACAAUCACUCGAGAUUGAACUGAGAAUACUUGAAGAAACCUCAGCACCUCCAUCAAGACCACCAAGAGAUGGUUACAUUAUCUAUUGUUAUGGUGAUUGCAAUCGAAAAUUUGAAGAAGCCCUUCUGGCACAAAAACAAACAGUGUCCAUGGAAGAGUCACAAUUCGAAUCGCCACCACUGACACAGGAAAAGGUUCUUGAACUGAUUGAGCAAGCUUAUCCAAGUCCCAUUACCCCAGAAGAUUUGGCUAAGGAUUAUGGAUGGGAUGAACAAGAAGUUAUUAAAGUAUUCCAAUCACUUAAGAGUCGUGGACUCAUUAAAUCUAUGGAAUAUAAUUCAUACACAAGAAUACAUCAUGAAGAUAAAGAAAUUAAGGUCGUUAAACAAAUGCCAACAAUUGCUUCCAAUAAGCAGCCAACAAUUGCUAUUAUUACUGCCCAAUACUGUGAAAAAUUGGCUGUUGAUUCCAUGUUGGAAAAUAAAGAAACAUUUGUACGUUAUACAACUGUAGACUUAGACCCCAAAACUGUGAAUUCACUUAAGAAAAUUAAAAAGAAACGAAGAUUUGGUGAGUCAAACGUCUACACUCUGGGUAACAUUGGUGCACAUCGGAUUGUUAGCACAAAACUUCCAUCUGUCGGUAGUACUCGGGAAGCAAUGACUGCCACUGGGAAUACAACAACCAGACUUUUGGGUACAUUCCAGAAAGUUGAUUACGUUUUUAUCGUUGGUGUAGCGGGUGGUGUUCCACAUUACACAGAUUACAAAAAACACGUCCGGUUGGGGGAUGUUGUCAUAUCAUAUGUUGACAAAAAUAGGGCGCUAUUGGGAAGAGGUGCAAAUAACAAAGCUGAAAAGCCUUAUGUCUACGUCUAUAGUAGUGGCGAAGAUCUAAAAACUUAUUUCCCUGUGAACGAUUGUCUACAACAAAUCGCAGAGAACCUACAAGCAAAUAUGAAUAGCAAACGCCCAUGGGAAGAUUACCUUAAGGACGGUCUCAAGAAUCUUUCCAUGAAAACUGAUACAGAUUUCAAUAGACCAGCCUUAAAUACAGAUAAGCUUUUCAUGAAUAUUGGCAAUAAUGAAGUUAUCGAAGUUGCCCACCCGAUAUCUGGAGAUGAUGUCGUCGAUGGUCUGCCAAGAUCGCGUUUACAUUUGGGACCAAUUGGUUCAGGGCGCGAUUUGGUCCGAAAUGAUGGCCUACGUAUGAAUUUUGUCAAAAACCAUGGUCUUCUGGCGACUGAUGUUGAAAUGAGUUCGGUGCUCGACAGUAUUAUUGGAAACUGCAGGGAAAGUUUCAUUUUAGUUAAAGGCAUAUCUGAUUACAAAGACGGAAUGUCAACGCGCAAAUGGCAAAACUUUUCAUCUCUUGCUGCUGCUUCUGUGAUGAAGUCUAUCAUUUGUGGAAUGGAUGCACCUACAAAUGUUUAAAAAAAAAAAAACUAAAUUUAAAUCAAAAUAAAAUAU